ACUUCUAUUAUAUUGUUCUAAGGAAGACGAUACAUGGCCGAAACGCAUUUGCUUUCCUGAGAAUAUCUUCGUGUUACGCGGAAAUCACGAGGAAGAAAAUCUGAACCAGCUUUACUCUUUUGUCAGCGAAGUACAUCUCAAGUUCAAGACAAAGUCAGCUUCACCAGCGGAAACAUGUUCUAUGUACGCACAUUUCAAAGCAGUCUUCGUCAAUCUGCCUUUAGCCUGCUUGAUAGGCGAUGACAUUCUUGCCAUGCAUGGCGGUAUUAGUCCAUUAUUAGGGAGUCUUAAGGACAUACAAAAAAUAGAGCGUCCUAUCGAGGAAUUUGUCAAAGGUACAUUAGCUUGUGAUUUAGUUUGGUCAGAUCCAGAUACAGACGGAUUUUGUGUAGCGUUUCGAACAUCAUACUUCCUUAGGGAAUCAACAGUAGGCAUUGGUCAGCUGUUUUCAAAGGUUGCCGUUGAGGAAACUUGUAAUCGACUGGAAGUAAAAAUGAUAAUUCGUGGACAUCAAGUAAGUUUGAGUCUGACUCGAGAAAGAGUGCCGACUGCGGAAAGGGAUUAUAUAUGGAGGAAGAAGCACAGACUUGUAGGACCUUGCCCCAGGCACAUUAGGAGUAACGGAGAAUGCAAAUGUUAGGU